AUGGCUGACACAAGUUUCCUUGAAAAAGAUCCAACAUCCGCCUCGACAUCUCCCAAACGAGACAAUACGUUCCUACUCCAUGACGUGGACACCGAUUCUGACGGCGAACUAGCCGCUCAGGGUUCCCGAGGUGACACAGGCUCCGAGGGGACAGGAGAGCAAACCAAGGACGAUGUACUUCCGUCAGACGCAGAUCCUUUAUCACCCCGCGGACAGAGCCACGACGGCGCUGGUCUGCAGGAUGGCAUGCUUCCUCGUGACCUUCCCACCCGGACUGCUUUUUACGACCCAGUUGCGGAGCGCCAGAUGAGCCAGACGGACGCCAAACUUUUCUAUCAACGGAGCCAAAUUGGCCAGCUCAAGACGGGGAGUGGUGUGUGGUCUCAGGGUCAUUCCACGCCUCCUCAUGGCAGCCCCGUUAUCGUCGGCUCGGAGCAUCGCGAUCUCGCCGUCGGCCCGCGAGCGCUCGAGCACCCAAUGGAUUCGUCCCCUUUGAGCAAGGAACGGGGUACGUCGAGAGCGAAGGCGUCGCCGCUCGAGGACGCGAUGCUACUGGAACCGACUCAGCAACGCGUUUACCAAUCUGUUGGGGCGGAUAGCUUCCCCCCUCCCCGGAGUCGUCCUUCUCAAGAAGGCUCACAAGCACUUGCAAACCAAGAGCCAGGCGACUUGAAUUUUGAUCACAACACUGGCUCGAAUACCGGUAUUCCGAACCAUCCUGCCGCCCUCGGCGUAGCUGCCUUUUCGGACACGGACCCUCACAUCACAGCCGAGCUCAGUGCCAUCUCUAAGAACAUUCAGAGCAUCAUGGAUCUCCGAGAGAGGUACAUUGGACUUUCUCUGCAGGGGCCGGACGACAACCCAAGGGAUGAGCCGUCCUGGUCGAUUUACCCCCCUCCACCCCAGCCAGCAUGGGGAACUGAGCACUCUAGAGCCGUGACCACCGCUGAGCACAUCACUAGUGCAUCCAACAGCCUAGCCGGCAGCAUGGUCUUGCCCCCUGCCGCUGGCGACUACGCGGGUCGUCAGGUGCCUGACGUUGAGACGAAGCCAACACCCAAGAAGCGAAAGCCCGGCCAAGACAUUGGCGAGGACUUCAAAAUGGACGAUCUACUUCCCCUUCCCUCGGCCGACAAGAUGAGGUUCAAGCUAGAUGACAGCGGUGUUUACCAAGUCUUCGAGGACGAGGAGGCCGAGGCCAACGGAGCCCCUAUUGUCCGUGUUCCUACCAUCCGAGAGUUCUACAUGGAUCUGGACCAGAUUCUUAGCAUUUCCUCAGACGGGCCUAGCAAGAGCUUUGCCUUCCGCCGACUUCAGUAUCUCGAGGGCAAGUUCAAUCUAUACGCCCUCCUCAACGAGUACCAAGAGACGGCAGACAGUAAGAAGGUGCCCCACAGAGACUUUUACAAUGUGCGCAAGGUCGACACCCACGUUCAUCACUCUGCCUGCAUGAACCAGAAGCAUCUCCUGCGUUUCAUUAAGAGCAAGAUGAAGAAGUGUCCUGAUGAGGUGGUGCUCUAUCGCGACGAUCGGCAUCUCACUCUAGCAGAGGUCUUCCAGAGUAUCAACCUUACCGCAUACGAUCUUUCCAUCGAUACUCUGGACAUGCAUGCGCAUACCGACUCUUUCCACAGAUUCGACAAGUUCAACCUCAAGUACAACCCCAUCGGCGAGUCUCGACUUCGAACAAUCUUCCUUAAGACGGACAACUUUAUCAACGGACGAUACUUGGCCGAAAUCACCAAGGAGGUCAUUGCUGAUCUCGAGUCGAGCAAGUACCAGAUGGUGGAGUGGCGAAUUUCCAUCUACGGUAAAUCCCUCGACGAGUGGGACAAACUCGCCGCCUGGGUUGUAGACAAUAAGCUCUUCUCUCACAACGUUCGGUGGCUGAUUCAGAUUCCGCGCUUGUACGAUGUGUACAAGGCGAGCGGCCUCAUGGACACCUUUGAGCAGGUGGUGAAGAAUGUCUUCGAGCCUCUAUUUGAGGUAUCUAGGGAUCCUUCGAGCCACCCGAAGCUUCACAUCUUUUUGCAGAGGGUUGUUGGUUUCGACAGCGUCGACGACGAGAGCAAGGUUGAGCGUCGCCUGUUCAAAAAGUUCCCGGUGCCGAAGGUGUGGGACUCGAAGCAGAACCCUCCCUACAGCUAUUGGCUUUACUAUCUGUUCGCCAACAUGUCGUCGCUUAAUGCGUUACGAAAGCGCCGGGGGUUCAACACAUUCGUGUUGCGGCCGCACUGCGGUGAAGCCGGUGACAGCGAGCAUCUUGCUGUGGCCCUUCUCUGUUGCCACAGCAUCAGCCACGGACUGCUGCUGCGCAAGGUUCCGCUCUUGCAGUACAUUUUUUACCUUGAGCAGAUUGGGAUUGCCAUGUCUCCGCUGAGUAACAACGCGCUGUUCCUCGCCUACGAGAGAAACCCGUUUUACCAGUACUUCCGCCGCGGGUUGAACGUGUCUCUCUCGACAGAUGAUCCAUUGCAGUUUGCCUUCACCAAGGAACCUCUGAUGGAGGAGUACGCGGUGGCGGCCCAGAUCUACAAGCUGAGCCCGGUGGAUAUGUGCGAGCUUGCAAAGAACUCUGUCAAGCAAAGUGGGUUUGAGAGUGCUAUCAAGGAACAGUGGCUUGGUCCCAAAUUCAAGCUUCCUGGUAAGGCGGGCAAUGCCAUGGUCAAGACGAACGUGCCGGACCGUAGAGAAGAGUUCAGAUAUCAGACCCUGAGGGAGGAACGGGACAUGCUUCACAAGUACAUUGCCUACAGCGCCAAGGGAUCUUCUGAGUCUACUGUUACCGCUGACCAGCAGAGCGUAGCUCAAAGCAUCAUUGGCGGGCACCAGGCCGUGGUGCACCGCGAACCCGGCAGCGCAGCUAGCGAGACCGCUGCUGCACCUGCCUUUGAUUCCGAUGGGCAAAACGAUAAUAUGGCGGGGCCGGGCGGGCCCGGCAGUGCGGCCGUCUUCCAGAAUGAUGUGGUGGCAUCUCCUUCCAGUCUUGUGCAGUCCAGAGAAGGGUCGUGGCCGAAUGAUCCGCAUACAUCAGGCCAAGAUCCUAAGCUUUUCCCAGGUGUUUUCAGCCGAAGCCAAACAGGCAGCAGUUAG